UGUCUUAGCGAAAAGUUCUGCAGAAUCGUCAAAAGCGAAAAGUUUUGCAAAAUUGUCCCCGAAAAAAAAAAAGGGGCGUUCUUUCCUUCCUUUGUUGGCUAUUCUCCUCCAUCCAUACAUGAACUUACCCACUCUCUGGGGUUUAUUGGUCAAAGCCCCAAACACAAGGGUUUAAGGGGAGGUAGUGAAAUGGCCAGCUAUCUCUGGAGGAAGUAUUCGGACUAUUUGUACACAAAGUGGGAGAGAACCAUUCUCUGGGACAUGAUCGAGCCAUACAGAAGACCCAAAUCCUUCACUCCUUUGGUGACCAUUUACAUUGCAGCUUUCUACACUGGAGUCAUUGGGGCUGCUAUCACUGAGCAACGCUACAAGGAAAAAUACUGGGAAGAGCAUCCCGGGGAAGCUGUGCCUCUCAUGAAACCACAAUUUUAUGGCGGUCCAUGGAGGAUAAUGAGGGGAGAGGUUCCUCCAACUGGGUGAAAAUCUCUGAAGGCUUGUUUCGUACCUUUUUUCCUAUCUACCUCGUGUUCCUGCUGUUGUACAAAAUUACUCAGUUUUGCUGUUUUCUAGGCACUGUUUAGAAGACUCUUUUCAUAGUAUAAUAUCAAUAUAAAGUUACUUAGGCGUUUAUUGGUUAUGACUGGAUUUUUUAAUCAAAAUGUGGUUUAUAAUGUGACUAUUAUGAUACAAUCAGUCAUAUAUUACGGAAAUAAGAAAAAGGUUCAGUGAUUAAAGGAAUUGAUAAAUUG